AUGUCGAAGGUCAUCGAUGGCUACAAGAUAUAUAUGCCCACCGCAGCUUCUAAGUUUCCUUACACUCCUGAUAUCCCUAACGAACAUAUGCCUCAGCCUCUCAGCUCGCCGACACCUACUGGGCACGGUUCGACCUCGACCAAGAGAAGGCGUAUCAAAGAAGUCAGCGCUGUGAACCAGGAGAAAGAAAAAUUCAGGAACGAUCCAGGUUGUUUUGUCACUGGCAUGAGCGAUCUGACUCUCCAGGCUGCCCACAUCGUGAACGCUGCUCGUGAUCAAAGCGAUCCAUCACGACUUCCCAAUGUGCUUCAUAUCCUCACAGAUGUACUCACUAUUAUCCGCAAUCCUGGAUCGUUUACGCUGGAAAGCUUAGAGAACUCCUUUCUUCUGAGUCCGUCGCUGCACACGCAUCUGGACUUGUAUGCCACCUACGUUAUCACGUUAAGUAAGGACUCCCUGAAAGAAGUGGUCAAGAUCUUAGAAGAAGCCAACCAAGUCUGGGAUUACGCCGUAAAUGAGUUGGGACAGAAGAAGACACCCCGGACCAUUACUAAGGUUGGAUACGUUAGUAGGAUGGUCCCCCAGCGGGAUUCGGCCCCGGAAGCGAAGGUCGGAUCCCGAUCCCCCAGUGGGACUACCAAAUCUGGAUUAAUAUUCCAUUUUUGGCCUUCGGCCGGCCUCCGGUUCCUCAAUCCCCCAGUUUCCGACCGAAAAAAGUCGAGGUCGGAGGCGCCAUCCCCCAGUGGAUUUCCUUAUAAGGAAUCCCCCAGUAAACCCCGAAAAUCAUCGAUUUUGUUAUUUCCUCAGUGGGCGAACCCCGCCCUAAUCGCCGUGAAGUUCGACCUCAUACUUCUCCACCCGCUCCUUUUCCUUCCACGCGAACAGCCGUUCGUUACCCUGAAAACCCGCACACCGCCAACGUAUAGCUACUGGAAGCUCAACAAUCGCGAACUCCGUGAACUCAAUUUUGCGCCUGAGUCUUCGCUCGACCCUGCACCUGAGUCCGCGCCGUAUCCUCCCUUUUUCCACACGUCUCGCGUAGACGGCGACAACGUGAAUCCAUUCCUUCUCAUCCUCAACGCGGGGUUAAAGCUCGCACACCACCGCGACAAGUACGGUUUUACUCUACUGACGGCCCGCCAGGUUGAGCUCGCGGAGUUGACCCUCAAGGCUUACGACCUGAUUUAUCACCUACCGCAAAAUUUCUCAUUUUCGCCAUUUCCUGCAGCUGCUCCGGCCAUCGCUUCUCUCCCCCUCAUGGCAGCUACAUCUCAACGAGCACCUGACACUCGACAGGCGGAGGACAACGGGAUGCCCGCCGGUAGUAGAGCUAGCAAUGAUAAGAUGGAGGAGGAUGGUCAACUCCAACACGACGAGGAUAUAACUGACGAUGAAUCGGAGGGUGAUGGAGAUCUACUUAGUCGGGGAGAAAGUGACAUGAUUGUUGCGAAGCUUGUGGACAAGAAUACCACCUUGAAGGAGAGGCAGGAGCUUGGAGCGUUACUAUUUGGAUGGACACAGCCUCAUCGCCCAUUCCCCUUUGUCCCCGACGUGGAGCUGCCGGAGGAACUCACCCUGUUUGGGACAGGACAAGCCGUGUGAUACACGGUGAUUAUUUCGUCCGAUGAAUAGAUUUGC